AUGGGUUUUGAUGAAGUGAUGUUGCUUGGUUUAGCAGGCAUUUGUGCAGUAUUUUUGUGUGUUAAUGCGAGUGGAAGUGACAACGAUACUACCAUCUUAGAAGGGCAUGGAUGGGAUCUCGCUCGUGCAACCUUCUACGGCCCACCCGAUGCCAAUGAUGGAAUGGAAUUAAUUUUUUGGUUUUUGGUAGGAGGAGCAUGUGGAUACACAAACGUGUUCCAGCAAGGGUACGGCCAAGAGACGACGGCUCUAAGCACCGCCCUGUUCAACGACGGGGCCGCGUGCGGAGCAUGCUUCGAGAUCGUGUGCGUGAACGCUCCGCAGGCGUGCAAGAAGGGCGUGAUUCGCGUGACGGCGACCAACUUCUGCCCGCCCGACUACAGCAAGACCCAGGAUCUGUGGUGCAACCCGCCUCAGAAACAUUUCGACCUAGCACAGCCCAUGUUCCUCAAGAUCGCCGAGUACAGGGCCGGCGUGGUGCCCGUCGCCUACAGGCGGGUCAAGUGCGGCAAGAGGGGCGGAAUCAAAUUCGUAAUGGGCGGGAACAAUUACUGGACACUCGUCCUCGUCUACAACGUGGGAGGCGUGGGCGACGUCAAAUCCGUGAGGGUGAGAAGCUCCGGCUCCGACUGGACUUGGAUGAGCCGCAACUGGGGCCAGAAUUGGCAGCUCACCCAGAGCCUGCUGGGGAAGACUCUGUCUUUUGAGGUCACCACUAGUGAUGGGUCUGUCAUGCAGGAAAUCGACGUGGUUCCAAGCAGUUGGGGAUUUGGGAUGACUUUUGAGGGCAAGUAUAAUUUCCAUUAG